CUGAUCUCCGAGGCAGAGGCACAGCGAGUGCCCAGUGACGAAAUCACUCACAGACCCUGCUCGCUGCGAGAUUCUGCGGGCGGCUUACUAAUGCACCUCGGUGAUCGGUCGAAGCUUGUUGACGCCUCACAGACAGAGCUGUGCCAAUAAAUAGCAAGGCACCCCUCCCUCAUUUUUACAAUUGGCGAUUCAGUCCAGUUCCUUCACUCUUUCCAUUGUCCCCAACAGUCGCCAACAUGAAUGAAGCUGAUCGAGAGAUGGAGAGGAACGAGCGGGAUGCCUCUCCCGAGAGGUUCUCCGCAGUGCGCCCCAGCCAUGAGAUUGAGCGAAUUGCUACCGCGUCCAGCACCUCGACAGAGUCCUCAGAAGGGUCUGUUGCGCGGAGGGACAGCGCCAUGCGUCGAAUGUCAACACAGAGAGACUUAGAAAGACACCCAACGGUCAUCAGUCGGAUACAUACAGCAAAAUCGCAGCACGCGGGCACCAUUGGACGGAGUCUUACUGGCAAGAGCCGCGAGAGCAGGCGGCCCCUUCCUGAGAUGGGGUUAGGCAAGCCGUAUCCACCACUUCUACCAGCUCAGGAGGAAUAUGUGGUUGAGUUUUCUGGUCCUGACGAUCCGUUGCACGCUCAGAAUUGGCCAAUGAAGAAAAAGGUUCUCACUGCAGUCAUGCUAGGAUACACUACAUUGGUAUCGGCAUUUACGUCCAGUAUUUUCUCGACCGCGACUCGAACAGUAGCUGCACAAUAUCACGUUUCGACUGAGGUUGGAUUGCUUGGUCUUUCACUUUAUGUGCUUGGAUUUGCACUUGGACCUACAUUCUGGGCCCCUCUCAGCGAAUUGAGAGGACGAAGACUACCGAUCGUCAUUUCGAUGUUUGGCUUCUCGAUUUUCCAGAUUGGGGUCGCAGCCGCGAAGGAUUUACAGACCAUCUUUCUGUGCCGCUUUUGGGGAGGUAUUUUUGGUGCAUGUCCACUUGCCGUGGUUGCCGCUAUUUUCUCCGACAUGUUCGAUAACAGGACUCGUGGAUUGGCUAUCACCGUUUUCUCAAUGACAGUUUUCACUGGUCCGCUUUUGGCGCCAUUCAUUGGUGGCUUCAUUGUGGAAAGCUACCUCGGAUGGAGAUGGACUGAGUGGUUAGUUGCUAUCAUGGGUUUUGUUGCCUUCUUCUUGGAUCUCUUUUUCCUGGAAGAGACCUACCCACCUGUGAUACUCAUCUCCAAGGCCGCCGAAUUACGCCGAAGAACCAAGAACUGGGGUAUCCACGCCAAGCAAGAAGAAAUCGAAAUCGAUUUCCGCGAGCUGGUCACCAAGAACUUCUCCCGUCCCAUGCGUCUCCUGUUCACCGAGCCCAUCGUGCUCCUCCUCUCAAUCUAUAUGGCCUUCAUCUACGGCCUCCUUUACCUCUUCCUUACCGCCUACCCCAUCGUAUUCCAGCAAAUUCACGGGAUGAGCGGAGGCGUUGGCGGCCUGCCCUACUUCGGGAUGAUCAUAGGCAUGGUCUGUGCCGGAAUCUACAUCGCACUAACCCAACCCAGCUACAACAAAAAGCUCGCAGCAAACAACGGCAUCCCGGUUCCAGAAUGGCGUAUCCCACCCAUCAUCAUCGGCGGAUUUUCCUUCGCAGGCGGCUUGUUCUGGUUCGGAUGGUCGGGCUACAAGAGAGAGAUCCAUUGGAUUGUCCCCACGCUCUCCGGGCUUCUUACUGGUUUCGGCCUGCUCUCCAUCUUCCUGCAGGCUUUGAACUAUCUCGUGGAUGCAUACCUCAUGUUCGCUGCGUCAGCGAUUGCGGGAAACACGUUCCUGCGUUCGUUGGCUGGAGCAGGCUUCCCGCUCUUCUCACAAUACAUGUUCAAGGCCCUAGGUGUGCAGUGGGCAGGUACAUUACUUGGCUGUGUUGCUCUUUGUCUGGUUCCGAUUCCCGUGGCGUUUCUGAUUUACGGAGAGAGGAUCAGGAGGAAGAGUGCCUUUGCGCCGACGAAGCCUAUAGAGCCCGUGAGCGAGGAGGAUGAGGUGCCUGCUGGCUUGGUUCAGGAGAAGACGACGACGGACAACAAUGUUUGAGUUAUGAGGUGGGAUGACUUCUAUGGUG